AUGCUUAAAGAUAUCAAGGCAAUGGAUCGGUGGCACACGUGCAUGAAGCUUCUAGCGCAGACAGAGGAUGCUAUGAAUUGGGCCGUAAACACCAGCGUUAAGCGCAUCACAAUUCCAGAUGAACUGUCUGAUGGAGUUGCUACCGAACCAAAAGAGUGUGAAAAUGCAAUCAAGCAGCUUAUGCUUCGAGGCGGACGCGUGACAUCGUUUGGCAGUGUACCGUAUCGAUCCCUACUGGCAUUUUGUGGGAGUUCAUGGCUUGACGACAAUUGUAUGGGGCACGGGAUAGCGCUGCUACACCGUGAGCAUCCUGAUGUUGGCGUCGUCAACCCUCUCUUCCUGCGUUUCCAGCUCCGAGAGCAGCAGCUUACGACUGUCAAAGCCGGCAACCCGUUUGCGAAAACAAACAAGAUAGUGCUGAUACCGUUGCAUAUCGACAACAACCACUGGUGCGGUGCUGUGAUCGAUUUUCGGAGAGAGACCCGGAGAAUCACGCUCUUUGACCCGCUUCAAGCGUCGAAGGCAAAGUACUACGACAUCUGUGAAGCCCAACUGAAGAGUAUUUUUGGAGAACUAUGUUCCCUUCUGACAAUCAAGCCAGAAACACGUUCACGACAGCCAGAUGGAUCAAGUUGCGGUGUAGCUGUCCUUAUGUUUUUCGAGUGCUACCUCAGAGGAAUUCCACUGCCAGCCAAACCAACCUUAGCAUUCAUACGAUUUUUAAGGCUCCGUUACAUGCUGAAAUGUCUGAUGUAG